CUCAAUCGCUAAGGAUGAGAAGUGAGAUGGCUGAUUAUCCUGUUUCCCAUGCCCAUCAGUCUUGAAGUGUACUGUUUUUUCUGUAACGUUAUUAAUCCUCUAAUCUAAGUGUUGUAAAGUAGUAUAAACAUAGGCCUAUGUAAAAGUAGUUGAUGAAAAUCGAUUCUUCCCGUUACAACAAACCAGCAAGCUACAGCGUCGGUGGAAAUAUGCCUCGCUUACGUAUUGCUACGCUCCAGCUCAAUCCCAGGAUCCCUGCUGUGAAGGACAACAUCGCAAAGGCUGAAAAGAUCCUCUCAUUGGCAUUCCCAAAGAAUGAAAGCCCAGAUCUGUUGAUCUUGCCGGAGAUGGCACUCUGUGGUUAUAACUAUUCCUCACCAGCGCAGGUCAAGCCUGUUCUGGAGUCCGUGGAAAGACCCGGUCCAAUGCUGAGAUGGGCCGAAGAUAUCAGUAAAAAGUACGGUUGCUUCAUUGUCAUGGGAUACCCAGAGUGGUGCUCCAAACAGCAACAGAUCUUCAACUCUGCCGUGGUUCUUGACAAGUCGGGGCAAGUGAUACAUCGAUACAGGAAGUCGUUCUUGUACGAGACUGACGAGGUUUGGGGAUGUGUUGAAGGCCCUGGGUUCAAGAGCUUCCAACUAUGCGACGGUGUAAAGGCCAGUAUUGGUAUCUGUAUGGACUUGAAUCCUUAUCAAUUCAAAGCACCCUUCACUGACUUUGAGUUCUCAUCGCAUUGCUAUGAGGAAGGUACCAACCUCAUCAUCUGUCCAAUGAACUGGUUGCACGGUAAGAGUCCAAGUGUGCAAGAAGGAUUGACAAGCUAUGAGAAAUUGGCGCUGGGUGCUGAGUUACAAGGGGCGCUGGAUGAAGUUGAUGGAGAAAUCGUCGUGAACGACAAGGGAAGUCCUAUUAGAGAAUACGAGGAGAAUUUGGCGUACCAAGACCUUCAUGAGCCAGACUUUCACAAUUUGAACUACUGGCUGCUGAGAUUCUUCCCAUUCAUGAACCAUGCUAGGAAACCAGCGACAUUUGAUGGGAAGACUACAGUGGUUUAUUGCAAUAGAUCUGGGCUCGAGGAUACCAUUCUGUAUGGUGGAACUUCGAGUAUCGUCCAGUUCAACGGUUCAAAGGGGUUUCUCGGCUACAAUUCCAUAGAUUUAACAAACAAGAGCGUUGAUGUUCUUGGAGCCCUCGGCAAAGGAGACGAAGGAAUUCUAAUUCGUGAGGUGGAUAUCUAAAUGCGGCUCCAUCUAUUGGAGAACAACACCAUCAACACAUCCAAACCCUGCAGCAACACCACCUUCGUUGGAGUUUGAGAAUUUCGAUCUCAACAACCAGCCAGCAUCAGAGUUUUUGAUAACCUCACCAGUCG